UUUGGGGCCUAUCGGCUCCCUUCCAGCCCGAAUUCCUCUCUCACGCUAAUAAAACCCUUCUCCGCCACCGCGCCCGGCGGUCACUCCCACUCGGCCAGCCAUGGGGGUGGGUUUCUGCCCCUCGCGCUUCUCUCUGGACGCGCAGAUACUCUCCUCUCCUCCCACCCACUCUCGGGGCACCAGGGUCCGAUUCAAGGCCGCCUUCACCCCUGCUUCCGGAGUCUCUCCGAGGGUAUCCUCUUUUAGCAGCGCCUUUGUCGCUUCUUUCGUCGGAGGAAGCGUCUCUGGUGACUUCUCCGGUAAGAAGUUGAGGAUCCCCUCGCUAAGCCCGUCUUCAUCCGGCAGCCGAGGCAAGAGGGGCGUCGUUACCAUGGUCAUCCCUUUCUUGAGAGGAAGUGCAUGGGAGCAACCACCUCCAGAUCUAGCUUCUUAUUUGUACAAAAAUAGAAUCGUAUACUUGGGUAUGUCUCUUGUUCCAUCAGUGACAGAGUUGAUGCUAGCAGAAUUCCUUUAUCUUCAAUAUGAGGAUGCAGAAAAGCCAAUUUACCUAUAUAUAAAUUCCACCGGCACAACGAAGGGUGGAGAGAAAUUGGGUUAUGAAACAGAGGCUUUUGCAAUUUAUGAUGUUAUGAGGUACGUUAAACCACCUAUUUUCACACUUUGUGUUGGAAAUGCUUGGGGAGAAGCAGCAUUGCUUUUGGCUGCUGGUGCUAAAGGAAACCGUGCUGCUUUACCAUCAUCAACAAUAAUGAUAAAACAGCCAAUUGCUAGGUUUCAAGGCCAAGCAACAGAUGUUGAUCUUGCAAGAAAAGAAAUAAAAAAUGUGAAGGCAGAACUGGUUGCUCUUUACUCUAAACAUAUAGGAAAACCUCCUGAACAAAUUGAGGAAGAUAUCAGACGUCCUAAAUAUUUCAGUCCUAGCGAAGCAGUUGAAUAUGGUAUCAUUGAUAAGGUGCUGUACAAUGAAAGAGGCCAGGAAGACCGUAGUGUCGUAUCUGACCUUAAAAGAGCUCAACUUAUAUGAAUCUAAGCAGAAACCACAUGUUAAAAAAUGUCCGAGGCAAAUUAUCAUGUCAUUAUUAACAAGAGGCCGCAUCUUACUGGUCAGCUGUCUGAAAGCGAAAGCGCUUAGGUGUAUGAUUGUGUUGCUAAGUUAUAAGCUUUCAGAAUUUAUACAAUUUCUUUGUAGUACCUGAAUACCAGUUGAAGAAACUAACAAUGUUCAGUUCUAUAAAUUCAUGUACUACUGUGAAUGUUAUUAUUUUGGCAUUCUUGCUUUGAUAAAUUCAGUCAUGUAAAAUUUUGAUGAUGGUAACUACUCGCAGUGGACGUAGUGAUUGGCAGCAACGGGAUCACUGAAAUGUAUCUAAAACUUUUCUAGUCGUCA